AUGUCCACUACAAGAUACUCCCGAGUGGCGGUGAUUGGUGCUGGUCCCUCAGGGUUAGCCACGGCGAAAGCCCUUGCCCUUGAACCUCACCCCUUUUUGGUAAUUGACGUUUAUGACCGCCAAUCACACUGGGGAGGCGUGUGGAACUAUGAUAACUCCCCUAAGGAUAAAAGUCAUAGACCCCACGAACACGUGCUGGCGAUGUAUACUCAUUUAGAGACCAAUUUGACGAAACGGUUGAUGGAGUUUUCUGGGAUGCCCUUCCCCGGAGGAGAGUACCCAAACCGUCACCAAGUGAUGCAAUACUUAGAAGAUUACGGUAAAACCAUUCCUAAACUGGUUAACUUUAAAUUUGGCCACAAUGUCGCUUCAGUUGAGAAAAUUGGAGGGGUAUGGAAAGUGACCACCUAUGACGGUAUAACCACAGAAUACGACGCUAUCGUGAUAGCUAAUGGCCACAACGAUGAACCGUAUACUCCAGAGAUUGAUGGGUUAAAGCAAUGGAGAGAAAGGCGUCCAAAUACAGUGUCUCACGCUAAAUACUUUACUACGGCCGAACGCUACCGGGACCAAACGGUGGUGAUUGUGGGCAAUUCGUAUCUGGGGGUCGAUAUCUCGGCUCAGGUAGCCGUAUACGCCAAAAAGGUAUAUGUUUCGAGUCGUACUCGGCAAAAGAUCAUGAAAAUCGAUAUCUCAAAUGUGGAAGAAGUUACCACAAUUGAGAAAUUGAAUGUGACUGAUAAGACAGUGGAGUUAUCUGAUGGACGUAUACUUCAAGAAAUUGAUAGUAUUUUGUUCUGUACCGGUUAUAUCCACCACGUUCCGUUUCUCCAUAGCUACAGAGACAUCUUGUCUUCAAAGGGAGUGUCACAAUUAUACCACCAAGUAUUCUACUGUGACGACCCGUCACUCCUGUUUGUGACACUUCAAAAUGGAGCCGUUCCCUUUCCCCUACUGGAGCUUCAAGCAGCAGUGAUUGCGAGGGUUUACAGUGGGAGAUUGGCGCUCCCAACUACUGAGAAAAUGAAGGAGAUCCUGGCCAAGGAGUAUAGAGAGAGAGGCGGCAAUGACCACUUCUUUGACUACCCUGACGACGUCGCCCUCUACCGGUUCUACUACGGCCUACUCGCAAAUGAACCACGCCUCUUGGAUACUGGAUUAAAUCCAGUUUAUUGGGAUGAAGAAUUGAGGCGAGUGAGAGACGUAGCGGCAGCGACAAAGAUUGCCCGUAUGAAAGAGAUUUAUCGUUGGGCUAACACGUUAAGGGAGCAGAAUAAGCCCUUUACCUUAGCUCCCCACCAAAAGAAGCCCAAUGAGAAUCCAUUGAAAUUGUGA